AAAUGAAGUAUGUUGAUGGGUUUUUUUUUCUCUCGAUAAACUCAAGUUGCUACACAACAUAUCCUGAUGUCAAGGACUUGGCGUCGGGAGAGUGUCCUACAAAUACCAAUCAGUUUUAGCGCGGCAUAGCCUUUUUCCCUCACAAAACAUCACAUAAAGUUCUUGAUUAGGCAACGUAAAAGUAGAGAGUUGAGAAGAGAGAUAAAAAAGGUUGUUAUUUUGGACGAAAAAGUUGGAUAUAACUUGAAAUUUAGAAUGAAAAUGGCACAAUGUGGGGAGGGGUUGGUUGGACUUGUUAAACUCCUAAAGAUAUGUGGAUAUGAAAGACGACGUGUCAGCCCCAAACGUGGAAUUGUUAGUUUAAAAUUUCCCUAUUCUUACUCUAACGUGGCCUUCCAUACAUUCAAUAACCAACCUUUAUAUAUCUCAAUCAUUCAAACCUCCCUAUUUCGUAAUUGAACUUCUGAAAUCCCACAAAAGAAAAUGAGUUUAUUCAGAACCUCUCUCGCAAAUAAGAUGUGGAAAUCAAUGCUUGUUGGAACUAGGAUCCAAGGGAACCGUCGUUUCGCUUCAUCCACUACAGCCCCAUCUGCCAAUGCUUCUUCUUCUUCUUCUUCUUCUUCGAAGGGUGGUUCCGGGGGGAGCGAGUACAUGAAAGGCGAGUACGCCCCAAUCUACAUUGUGAUGGGAAUGGUGGCAGUGGUUGUGUCUAUCGCAACCCACACGGCGAAGCAACAACUGCUGCAUUCGCCGAUGGUUAACUGUAGCAAGAAGAAGAGGGAGAGCAUUCCGGAGGUCGAGGACCCCGACACCGUCAUCACUUCUGCUGACAAAUUUAUUAACAAAUCCUUUCUUAGGAAGGUUGCUCACAUUCAGGAUGACACCAAGACGUUACCCGAUCCAGUUCAUCUCGACCCAUUUACCAGGCCACGUAAUGCAGAAACUCUGAAAACUGCUGGAGUUGACCCUACCCGCCGUUGAAUAACAACUAUGAUAUGGAAAAAACUUGGACGCUUUCUACAAUGCACUAAUCAUAUUGUUCUUAAUUAUAUUAGUUUUUGUUGGUGAUAUGUGUAUUGUUGUGUGUGUAUAUUUAUUUAAAGCCCUUCUCUACUUAAUUAUGCUUUUCUCUUCACUUUUUUUUUUGUAUUGACUGUCAAGCUUCUUCAAAAGUAGAAGUACUACUAGCUACUGCUAGGGAAUUUGGCCCCCUUAUAUAACUUGUUCUUUUAAUCUUCUUUUCCGGACAAUAAAGCACAUUUAAUUGGAAUACCCUAAA